AUGCUGACGAUUAAUAAGCACAGAGGACUGUAUCGCUACAAUCGUCUACCCUUCGGCGUGAAGUCAGCACCUGGCAUAUUCCAGCAGAUCAUGGAUUCAAUGAUAUGUGGACUGGAAGGCGUUGCUGCCUAUCUGGAUGACAUGAUAGUCACAGGCCGCACACAACAGGAGCAUCGCUCUAACUUGGAAGCGCUAUUCGGAAAGAUCCACGAAUACGGCUUCCGCGUCCGAUUGGAGAAAUGUAACUUUUUGAUGCUUCAGAUCCGUUAUCUCGGAUGCAUUAUAGGACGGACGCCAUCCUGA